ACUGAACUCGUCAGGAGGCGUUUCUGUGAGUUUGCGGAAGUGACACGACUGAGAUAGGAAGGAAGCGAGGUAACCGGGCGGAUUUUUCACACAGAUAUUCUUUUUCAUUGAAAAAUUAUAUAUUUCUUCCCUUUUUGAAAACGAAUUUAAAUAAAAAGAUAAAACAGCCAAGAUGUCGAAGAACGUGUCCUCCGACCGCUUCAGGAAGGUGGAUGUAGAUGAGUACGACGAAAACAAGUUUGUGGACGAGGAAGAAGGAGGAGAAAACCAACAGGGUCCAGAUGAAGGGGAAGUUGAUUCAUUAAUCAGACAAGGAAACGUGAUGGGUGCUCUCCAGGCAGUCCUGAAAAAUCCACCAAUGAACACAAAGAACCAAGCAUUGAAGGACCGGGCGGAGGGUCUUGUCCUGAAGGUCCUUAGCUCCUUUAAAAGCGGCGAUAUUGAGAAGGCUGUGCAGUCCCUGGACAAGAAUGGUGUGGAUCUCCUCAUGAAGUACAUCUACAAGGGGUUUGAGAAGCCCACAGAAAACAGCAGCGCAGUCUUACUGCAGUGGCAUGAAAAGGCUUUAUCUGCUGGUGGCGUAGGAUCCAUUGUUCGAGUCUUAACUGCCAGAAAAACCGUUUAACACAUUCCUGCCUGGAACUGCUCUGCAUAGAGAGGGAUUUGCUGGUACAAAAACCAAGAGAGUUGUUCAAAGGGCCCUGUGCAGGACUCCAUUCUUCCUGUGGACCCUUCUGAUCUUUGCUUGCUUUAUAUCUUUUGUAUUAUUUUCUUAAAAUAACUUUGUUAUCAAGACCAUGGUGCAAUGUUACAGUAAGAUUUGUACUCUGUAGCGACUUUGUAUCACAAGCAUUUCAAUUGGACUUUUCUUUUUUUUAAGUGAACUUGUAUAAAAAGACUGAGUUACAGUA